AUGUGCGAGAAUGCUACUACGUUCGUAGGUGCCAAGAAAGAAUUAACCGACUUCCACCAACUGUUUUGCACCCUGCAGUUCCAAGACACGAUCACGAAAGAUGCCGCAAGGGAUGGUAUCGAGUUUCGCUUCAUUCCCCCUCGUUCACCGAAUUUUGGAGGUCUGUGGGAGGCACAGGUGAAAUCAUUCAAAGGUCACUUUAAGAAAACCGUUGGACUCAGGACACUCAGCGUAGACGAAAUGCAAACCGCUGUAGUACAGAUCGAGGCUGUGCUCAAUUCUCGUCCAUUGACACCGGUUAGCAGCGAUUCUAGUGACUUUAAAGCGCUCACACCUGGACACUUCUUAGUGCAUCGCUAA